CGGGUCACGCAGUCUCUCUCGCUCGCUCCUCUGGGAGGACGCGGGCUCUGGCUGGCUGCUCCAGUCCAAGCACCGCCUGGCCCAGGGCCCGCGGGGAAGGGACCGAAUCGGAACUUCCCGCGACAGCCGCGAUGAGCCAGGUGCCGAGGAUGCCCCAGGAGGAGGAGGAGGAGGAAGAUGAGCUUGUUGGGCUCGCGGAUUACGGGGAUGGGGCCGAGUCCUUCUCGGAUGGAGACCCGGAGACCGGCGCCGACGAAGCGUUUCUGGAUUUCAGUGACCCCUUCAGUACUGAAGUUAAGCCAAGAAUCCUACUUAUGGGACUGAGAAGAAGUGGGAAGUCUUCCAUUCAGAAAGUUGUCUUUCACAAAAUGUCUCCAAAUGAAACCCUUUUCUUGGAGAGCACUAACAAGAUCUGCAGAGAAGAUGUUUCCAACAGCUCCUUUGUUAACUUUCAGAUAUGGGACUUUCCUGGGCAAAUUGACUUCUUUGACCCUACGUUUGACUAUGAGAUGAUUUUCAGAGGCACUGGAGCACUGAUAUUUGUCAUAGAUUCUCAGGAUGAUUAUAUGGAGGCCUUGGCUAGGUUGCAUCUCACCGUGACCAGAGCUUAUAAAGUGAAUCCAGACAUCAACUUUGAAAUCUUUAUUCAUAAAGUGGAUGGUUUGUCUGAUGAUCAUAAGAUUGAAACCCAAAGAGACAUUCACCAGAGGGCAAAUGAUGACCUUGCAGAUGCUGGAUUGGAGAAAAUUCACCUCAGCUUUUAUCUGACAAGCAUAUAUGAUCAUUCUAUAUUUGAAGCCUUUAGCAAAGUGGUACAGAAACUGAUUCCACAGCUCCCAACACUGGAAAACCUCCUUAACAUCUUUAUCUCAAAUUCUGGGAUUGAGAAAGCAUUUCUGUUUGAUGUAGUCAGUAAAAUUUAUAUUGCAACGGACAGUACUCCAGUGGAUAUGCAAACUUAUGAGCUCUGCUGUGAUAUGAUAGAUGUUGUUAUCGAUAUUUCUUGUAUCUAUGGGCUCAAAGAAGAUGGCGCGGGAACACCUUAUGACAAAGAAUCAACAGCAAUCAUAAAACUGAACAAUACAACUGUCCUUUAUCUAAAGGAGGUGACAAAAUUCCUUGCUCUUGUUUGUUUUGUAAGAGAAGAAAGCUUUGAGAGAAAAGGACUAAUAGACUACAACUUCCAUUGUUUUCGCAAGGCCAUACAUGAAGUAUUUGAAGUGAGAAUGAAAGUAGUGAGAUCUAGAAAACAUCAGAGCCAGAUGCAAAAAAAUAAAAGAGCCACCCCUAAUGGCACACCUAGAGCACCACUGUAGCUGAAGUUCUAAUGGCAUUGUUGACAGCAAGGCUCUUGUUGCACUGACUGAAGGGGAAGAGAAAUGGGACUGAUAUAUUACAUGGAUUUUCCUCCCAACCCCUCAAAAAGGCACCGUUUAAACAUUUUUAUCCAGUCAAUUUUUUCAUAUACAGUGAGCACUUUGAGCAAAAUAUUGUAUAUAAACAUUGAGGUGAAUAUAUGUUCUUGUAAGAAUUCUCUUAAUAUAUGCUGUAAACUUUUUUCCAGGCCAUAUUAAGAAAAAUCAGCUGUGACAGAAAUGUUGGGUACAUAAUUUGCACUUUUUUCGUGUUCUCGUGGAGUUAAACUUUGAUAAACUUAGUUUUUUAUGCUGAUUUUCAUGCAUGGUGUCAGGUAAAAUAUAUAGUGUAGUUUAUAUACAUGCUACAAACAAAUUGUUUACUAAACAAUCAAGAAAACUUGAUACAAUUACUUUUUUAAAAUUUAUGACAGAAUACAUAACAUUCAUACAAAUCUAACUUCAUAUAUUUUUUUUCAAUUUGUAAGUUGAAGAAUUCUUAUUUUGAAGUAUGAUAGCAAUAAGAGCCUUACCAACUGGUAGGUAAAAAUUAGGUUUUGUAAAACAGGCCUUUGGCUAAACUCUACCCAAACUUCUCCAUAACACUGGUAAUGCCCUCUCAGUUGGGCUUUUUAUUAUAAUUUACCUCAACAUAUAUCUCUAAAAUAACUUUCUAUACAGCUAUUAUUUUGUAAUACUGCUUUAUGCUGCAUUGGUGUUUUUAUAACAUUUCAGGAACAGGGUAUGUAACUGAAGGAUUUUAUUUAUAUGCUUAGUUUGAGAGUCUGAGCCUCUACAAUGGGAGGAAGAAAAAGGUUGUAUUUCAUUUCUGUCAUACCAAUAUAAUAUAAAGUUUCAGGUAUAUUAAAGCAUUAGAGGAAAAUCCUAAAGUUGCUCAUGCUGGGGCCCAGUUCUACUUGCUUUACUUGGGUCAAAUCUCCCUUUGAUUUCAGAGGGAGUUCUUAAAUAAGGACUGAAGGAUUGGUCUCUUUUAGUCUAAUCUACAUAGAUGUAGCUACUUUCUGUUUUAACACUGAUCACAGCGGCAGAUCUGUUCUUGCAGCAAUUACGGCAUUACCCACCCUAUAAAGGAGGGCAGGGAGAAGUAAAACAUGCCUUCUCAAUUCUGUAUUCAUUUUAUAGUUGUAGCUUAAAGAAUAGCUCUGCCAAAUGAAAGAGCACACAAGGGAGAGCAGCUCCUGUACCCACGCCUCCUACAUAGGGCUUAUGUGCACAUGGCUCUAGAACAGCUGCAAGAGUUCACUGGAUAACCUCGUAGCCAGAAAAGAUAAGGGAGAAGCACUUUUGAAAGUUUCCUUUGUUAAAAAGUACACAUUCAGUUAAAACAAAUUAGGGUGACCAGAUGAGAGAUGUGAAAUAUUGGGAUGCUGGGAGAGGGGGGGUACCG